UUAAAAAAAAAAAAAAACUGAGCCGUUCAAAAAGAAAAAGAAAAAGAAAAAGAAAAAAAAUAUUGGCAGAAGAUUAUUUGUGUGAGUGUGACAAUCAAAGGCGAUGUCAAUGGCGUUGGUGUCGUCGCCAAUAAUAAUAAUAGCAGGUGCAUCGUCAUUACCCUCCCACAACCACAACAGUUACCGCCAAUAUUCUUCAUUCAUAAUCUCAACCAACAACAGCCAUUCAAACAACUACUGUAAACAACAAUCUAUCUUUAUAUCUCCUCCUCCUUUGAGACAUUAUUCAUCAUCACGAAACAAUAACAACAAAAUAUUAAUAUCAACAGUUAAGUCUAAUUUGAAUUAUUCUCCUCUGAUAUCGCCUGGCGACCCUUGGGGUAUCUGGUCUGCUCUUUUUGCAACCGUUGCUUUCGCUCUCUGGUCAGAGAGAACCAAGAUUGGGAGGAUCAUAAGUGCUGCAUUGGUGAGCAUCUUGUUGGGCCUUGCAGCCAGCAACCUGGGCAUCAUCCCUCACCAGGCCCCUGCUUACUCUGUUGUUAUGGAGUUUCUUUUACCUUUGACUAUCCCAUUAAUGUUGUUCAGAGCCGAUAUGCGAAAUGUUGUCGAAUCAACCGGGAAGCUCCUCUUGGCCUUUUCCAUCGGAUCAGCUGCAACCAUGGUUGGAACACUAGUAGCAUUUAUGAUUGUUCCUAUGCGAUCACUUGGUCAAGAUAGUUGGAAGAUUGCCGCUGCUCUUAUGGCUAGCUACAUAGGAGGAGCUAUAAACUAUGUUGCAGUUUCAGAUGCUCUUGCUAUUUCUCCAUCUGUUAUUGCAGCUGGUGUAGCUGCAGACAAUGUUAUUUGCGCGAUUUAUUUUAUGGUGCUGUUUGCAUUAGGCUCUAAACUUCCUACAGAGGCUUCAGUGUUGACCAAGAGUCCAUCAGAUAAUGUGGACUCUGGUUCUGGAAACAAUGUACCUGUGCUACAGACAGCUACAGCACUGGCUGUUUCUUUUGCAAUCUGUAAAGUUGCCACACAUAUCAUUCAGUUCUUCAAAUUUCAGGGGGCCACUCUUCCAGCAAUAACUGCAAUUGUAGUGAUUUUGGCAACUUUAUUACCCAGACAGAUUGGUUACCUUGCACCGGCUGGUGAUGCUAUUGCUGCAAUUUCAAUUCAGGUAUUUUUUGCUGUAUUGGGUGCCAGUGGGAGUAUAUGGAAUGUGAUCAACGUGGCUCCUAGCAUCUUUGUGUUUGCUUUUAUUCAAGUAACGGUGCAUCUUAUUGUGAUACUUGGACUAGGAAAGUUGCUGAAUUUAGACUUAAAGCUACUACUUUUAGCAUCAAAUGCUAAUAUUGGAGGUCCUACAACAGCAUCUGGGAUGGCAACAGCCAAAGGCUGGGGAUCUUUGGUAGUUCCUGGAAUUCUUGUGGGUAUAUUUGGUAUUUCAAUCGCCACAUACCUCGCAUAUUUUUUUGGGAUUUUUGUCCUAAAAUGCAUGUAACCUUAUGAUGUUGCACCAAAAUUUUCUAAAGCAUAUAUGUAACCAUGUGAUUUUGCGAAACUACCUGAAGAAUAAAAUCUAAUAGAAACUUAGACUCAGCCAA